GCACUCUCAGCUUGCUCUCGCUUGGUUACUGCUGAUGCACGCCUGGUUGAAGGGAGAGGAAAGUAGACAGCUUGAUCCAGCCUGUGUGUGGGAUGCACCCGCGGAGGCAGAAGAGGAGAUUCUGUGCAGCAGAGAGAGAGAGAGAGAGAGAGAGAGAGAGCAAAAAGGAGAGGGUCUGGCCUCGAAACAGACCCGUCAUUGCUGGGUUUGGCCAUAGCAGAAAAAAGGCGUCCACCAGUGAGAGGAAAAAAGAGCAGCCCACUGGUAACACAGUCAAAGACGCAGUGAGCUGCAUUAGUGUUAUUGAGUGGGAAAGGCGAAGUGUGAACUGACCAUUUGGAGCUCAGUGCCAAAUUGUGGAAGAGGAGAGGAAGAAGAGGAGGAAGUAGGUGGAGGACAACGAGGGGAGUUGUGGGCCUGGGGCCCAAACACAAACAGGAUGACAGAGAACAAAAUAAGUCUCCCUGCUAAGCUGAUUAAUGGGGGCGUGGCAGGCCUUGUUGGUGUGACAUGUGUAUUUCCAAUCGAUCUGGCCAAAACCCGCCUACAGAACCAGCAGGGAGCCCAGGUCUACAAAGGAAUGUGGGACUGUCUGGCUAAGACAAUACGCUCAGAUGGCUAUUUUGGAUGCUACAGAGGUGCAGCAGUCAACCUCACUCUUGUCACACCGGAAAAAGCAAUCAAACUGGCAGCUAAUGAUGCCUUCAGACAAAAGCUCUCCAGAAACGGCCACUUGCCCAUAUGGGGGGAAGUUCUGGCAGGUUGUGGAGCUGGGACAUGUCAGGUGGUGGUCACCACUCCUAUGGAAAUGCUCAAAAUACAACUACAAGAUGCAGGGAGGCUGGCUGCGCAGAGAAAAGUCUCGACACCAGCUCAGGCUGCUGCUUCGGGUCCUGCUCCAUCAUUAGUGGCACCACAGCUGCCCCGGCCUAAUCCUGCCCUACGGACAUCUGCUACUAGCAUCACAGUGGAGCUACUGAGGACCCGAGGCCUUGCUGGUUUAUACAAGGGAGCAGGAGCCACCUUAAUGAGGGAUGUCCCUUUCUCAAUGAUUUACUUCCCCUUGUUUGCCAACUUGAACGCAUUGGGGAGGGAAAAACAUGGAAGUCCAGGUGAUGUCCAGGCAAAAGCUCCUUUCUGGCAGUCCUUUGUGGCAGGGUGCGCUGCAGGCUCAGUGGCAGCUGUGGCUGUCACACCGCUGGAUGUGGUAAAAACUCGACUUCAAACACUCCAAAAAGGUGAAGGGGAGGAUACCUACCGAGGAAUUAUUGACUGCACACGGCGCAUAAUGAGGCGAGAGGGACCAUCAGCAUUCCUGAAGGGUGCAGCGUGCCGUGCGCUGGUCAUUGCCCCCCUUUUCGGGAUCGCGCAAGGUGUCUACUUUCUUGGUGUUGGGGAGGCAGUGCUAGCAUUGAUGGAAUAAAAUCAAUCGGCAGGGAUCGUGUUGUAUCUGCGCAUUUCAUUUCAUUUUGAGUCAAACUGUGUGUGGACCCAGCAGCUCACGCUCACACCCAUGUUAUCUGAGAUUGUAACAUGCAAGCUUUGGGGUUUAUUUGGUCAAGGAGGGUCCGGUGUACUGUGUCCCAAGGUGUUUUGAGUUUAAAUUUCCUUAACCCGAAAGAGAUAAUCUUGUUUGGUUACCAAGAAAAAAAUGCUGUAUAUUGUUCAGGCUGCAAGCCAUAUGUUUGGCUGCAAAUCAUCUAAAAUGAUUUCAUUGCAUAAUCAUACAGGUUAAAAAAAUCAAAUGUUCUUUACCUGCCCUGUUAUGCAUUCUUUGCACUCUAUCCAUGAGGUCCGAGUUGUAAUCUCGGAUUCACUACCUGGAUUGGGAAGCGCUGCCUGUCAGUAGGUCGUUUGUUAAUCUGAUGGUGAUGAUUUAAUUCCUGUAUUAGCGUAAAAUAUAUGCACACAGCUCACUUGCGGCCUAAAAGCUACACCCGCCCGCCGCUGUACUUUGUAUUUAAAUCUUCUUCACAGCUUCAGAAAGUUUAAAAUAAAUCCAGAAUAAUGGGACCAAAAGCUACUUCUGCCUAACAAAUCAUAAAAGUGUAUGGAAAACUAAAUAAAAGCCUUAUCGUUGUUAGUUAAAAAACACACACACAAAAUGUCUUGGAUUUUCUGCGAUUUGUGCUGUUGAGGAUUUUGGUCCUAUUUCUUAAAAAAACAAAUACACACUAAAAUAUACAUAUUUUUUGAAACAUGCAUUUUAAAUGCAAUGCUGUAAUUUGUAUAACAAGGCAAUAGUUUUCACAAAGUAGGUUAAACAGCCCGUGAAAGCAGUUUGUUUACGACUGGUGAAUGAAGAUGCACAGCAACUACUUUGUUGUACUCAUUUAUUACUUUGGCUCUUGAAUGUUAAGCGCUCCCUCAUAAUUAUACACAUGUUCUUUGUUUGAUUGUAUAUAAAUAGUAACACUGUUAAUUUCUCUUGGAAAAAACAACACAUUUGGCAUGUAUGGCUGAAAACAGUCCAUGGUGUACAUCAGUUAAAAGUAAGGCACUUGAGUGGGUAUACUUGUCAUCAAUAGUAUUAUGCAACAUAGCAUAGAUGAAACCUAUUCCACCUUUGUACAUGCUGCACCCUUCAAAUCCACUGUUAAUCUGUGAAUUUGCGGUUGGGGUUAGCGCCAAAUAAGGACACUCGGAUUUCAGGCAUCAUCUGUUUGGAGGAAAACCAGCAAACAAGAAACACAUCACCAAGAUGUCCAAGAUGCAUUUGAAGAAUUAUAUACAGUAUAGAGCAACAUACGCUAAUCAAAUGAUCUCAUCCUAAAACCAUCAAGUUUUUUUUUUUUACACCAUUGUCAAAAGCACAACGCAGUGUUUUCUAGUUUAUAUUGGUUCAUGUAUUCUACACUACCUUGCAGUAUUUUAUUCCUUCAUUUUGUAUUGAUUUUUUUUCUUUUGACCAUUUUUCAAACCCUGACCUUGACAGACAGGAAAAAUCCGCCAAAUCGAAUGUAUUUUUAUUCUUGAAAACAUUGACUGGUAUAUUUUACUAUGCCCACACAUCAAAUUAAUUUAUACUGAUAACCAAUGUGUAUUCUUCAUUAAGUGUUUGUGCAGGAUUUGCACUCAAGUGAAGUAUAAUCAUGGAUUAAAUUUGAAACAUACAAACCAAGUACUAUGUAGACUUUUGUGUCUAUGCAAUUGACAACUGCGAGCCUUGUACUGACAGAUUUCGAUCAGACUUUUAGCAGUCAUAUCAAAUAAAUCAGUAAAACAG